GGACGUUACUCCACAAAUCACACUCGGGGCCCGAUGGAGUGGCUGCAAUCAGCUGUGCAUCAUAUCUUGUUAUGAUAAACAAGUAAUGAACGGCGAAGACACAUAAUUAAACGAUGGAGGGAAUGCUGUAUAAAUGGACCAAUUACAUAAGUGGUUGGCAACCUCGUUGGUUUGUGCUUGAUGGAGGAACUUUGUCCUACUAUGACUCUCAAGAGGAUGCCUGGAAAGGUUGCAAGGGCAGCAUCAAAAUUUCAGUUUGUGAAAUCCAAGUUCAUUCCUCUGACUCCACACGAGUUGACCUGACCAUACCGGGAGAGCAGUACUUUUACCUCAGAGCCAUCAAUGCAGCAGAGAGGCAGAAAUGGCUGGUGGCACUGGGAACAGCCAAAGCUUGCCUUACAGACAACCGAACAAAGAAAGAAAAAGAGCUCCAGGAGAACACGGAGGCGCUGAAAACUAAGAUGUCAGAACUCAGAUUGUACUGUGACCUUCUUCUACAACAAGUAAACAAGAUCAAGGAGAAUGAUGAGCAAGGAGACAUAGCGGAGACAGGCAUAGACACUGGAAACAUGGUGAAGUCUACAUGCACUACUUUCCUCAAGACUCUAGAGGAAUGCAUGCAGAUAGCAAAUCGUACUUUUGGUGCAGAUAUAGCAACACAGAGUCCACCAGGAUCUCCUCCAGUAGCAGCCAUCAAACCUCAGAAGAUUAAACCUAUUAAUCAUUUAAAUCAGAACCUUGGAGAAAAAUGGAGAGAUUUGCCUGAAACCUCAGGAGAAGCAAUUGCACAUGAUAACCAGAGCCUUGACUCUGGAGCAGAAGGACCAGAUGAGCCAGACCGACCAGAACAACAUCCCUCCUCACCAGACGCUGAUGCUGCCAACGGCAACAACUCAGUCCACAAGGAGGAAGAUGAUCCUGCUUGUCACACUACCCUGAGUACCCCUGAGAUGGAACACUACGACCUACCAGCAGAGGGGCAUGAGGAAAGUGAAGCUGAUGAUCAAAAGGAGACAAAACAAGAGCAGAAGCACAAUGAGGACCAAAGUCAAGAGCACGACAACAACAACAAGGAAGAGAGUGCCGUCCAGCCUCCGCACUCACAGGAAGCUGUUCCAGACCAAGUAGAGGCUCAACAUGAAGGCGAGACUUCCAGAGAUAACACAGAGCCAGAGGACACAGAGCAGGUGGAAACUUUCUUCAGCACAAUGAGCCACAGAUUUAGUGAUAUAAGACUGGACGACGACAAUGGUAUCCCUACACAAGAGUUUUUGGACUCAUGCUAUGCAAUAGUACCUGUAUUAGACAAGCUGGGGUCCACAGUGUUUGCACCAGUUAAAAUGGAUUUUGUUGGAAACAUCAAGAAAAUUCACCAGAAGCUGAUGUCAGACACCGACAGCUUCCCCACACUACAGUCCAUCGUGCUGCAUGAAGUCCAGACAGAUGUUGCCCAGGUGCGCAACUCAGCCACUGAGGCUCUGCUGUGGCUCAGGCGAGGCCUGAAGUUCCUCAAGGAGUUUCUGUCAGAGGUCAAUGCAGGAGAACAAGACAUCCAGGGAGCGCUGAAUAAUGCCUAUGGAAAGACCCUUCGGCAGUACCAUGGAUGGGUUGUGCGAGGUGUUUUCGCUUUGGCGCUGAGAGCUGCCCCGUCUUAUCAAAGUUUCGCUGCUGCCUUAGUGUCAAGAGAAGGCGAUGAGCUGAAGGACGGGUUUACCAGCGGUAUGCACAGGGACCUGGGAGUGUACCUGCCUGCCAUGGAGAGGCAGCUGGCCAUCCUAGACGCCCUGUAUGAAGAAUACAACCUCGAGUCUGAUGAAGUGGUGUGAAACUUGAACAGAGAGGAUGUGAGUUCAAGGUAGGACAGAACAUGACCACAGGGGCAGAGCAGUGACUAACUGUUGAAGGAGGGUGCCAGAUGCAUCAAGUGCAUCUUGUGUACAGAACAGGGUGAGCAUGUGCCGUGUCAGUGUGAGGUGUGUCCGCUGGGUGUUGAACUCUACUACAGUAGAGGGUCUAGGUUUGACAAAGGUAUCAAUGUCUGUAUUUAGGAGAAAGCAUUAACAAUGAAGGCAUUAUGGUCUGAUGAAAUGUAGUUUCUGGGUCUUGUUUAAAAGACCACUGACAGUGUAGGAGCUUUAACCUCUACUAUACAGACUCCCACCAUAAUGACUCAUGGUGACAUUUGUUUCUGGUGCACAUGUUGGCUGUGUUGUAGAUUUUUAUGUACAGGUAUAUACCCACAAGGUAUUUGGUUCCAUGACUUCCCUGGAAGAUCCUUUGUGAUUCCCCAUGAGCUAAACAGAAUGCAAUGAAAUUUUUAAUCAACAUUGUCCUAAUUCCUUGGAUUCACGAAGUAGGAUGAUACUUACAGCCAACACAAAGCACUAUUUUGACAAAAACAAUGUUCGAUUGUUCCAGUGCCCAAUAUAUGCCUUAAGUAUGUGAUGGAAUUGCAUACUGGGUUAACUUUAACUAUUAGAGAAAUGCUUUUUCAUAAACUGACAGUUGAAGUUUAGUGGAAAUUAUGAUCAAUAUUAAUUUUUAUUAGUUUCUUUACCUGGGAUAUUUAAUAUAAAUCCUGCAGUUUGACAAUGAAUUGUUUUGUCGCUAACAUAAAAAAAAAAAAAUUGCUCUUAAGACUUUCCUUGGGACCAAAAAGGAGCUGUCAUGUGAAUGGCUUUUGCCUCUGCUGCCUACAGUACCACAACACAAAAGAGUGAAAUAAUACAGUGUAGCUGUUAAAGUACUGACAACUGCUGAAUACUUUAGUGGACAUCCUCUGCACAAACCUAUGCAUAAAAUGCAUUUUCAUAAUGUCUAUUUAUUACAUAUUAAGUUAUAAAGUUCACAUUAAUGUCACAGAGAUCAGUUCAGUCCAGCUUUUGUGUGAAUGUAUGAACAUUUGUAGUCAUAGAGCAUGUUUACUGAUUGCAUGGUUUUAUGUAUUAAGUAACAUAGGUGCCAAUGGAAAAAUGAAUAUAGGCCAAGGAUUUAAAUUAACCAAGUGAACAUAUAGUUAGAAAGUUAAAAUGUGUUGCUUUUCCUUCAUCUCUGUACUGACAAUGAACACUCAACAUUCAGCUACUCUACAGAUUUACGCGUUUUUCCAUCAUCUCGUCCAUGCACUGUUCUACAUACUUGAGUGUUGUUAACAGCCGUACGUGAUAUUUAUGAUGUCGAUUCAAAAAUGAAAAAAUUGAGUGGUGACACUCCACCUCCUGGCCAGGUUAAAGUUUGUCCACUGAGCCAUUCAAGCGAAGCAGGAACAUCCUCACAGGGCUUUUUUAAGACAUACCACAUAGUAUUUUUAACUUUAUUCUUACUUUUGUGUAUUGAAUGCACAAAGUAAUAAUUCUUGAAGUAACUCAUUUGCAGCAGGUUUACAUCACAGAUGUGCAAUGGGCUGAUUCCCUUCUGCAGCUCAAUUCCAAUCUUAAUCCUGAAAAUAUUCCAUUGUAAUAUUGCAAACGUUUGAUUUGGGUUUUUCUACAACUGUAUAUAAGAUGCGAUUUGAUUUUUACAUAAUAAAUAAUUAAGUUGUCUUAGUGUGUG